AUGGCUGCCAGUACCUUCCUCUCUUCAUCUUCCUCCUCCCAUCCCAGCUGGACCUACGACGUUUUCUUGAGUUUUAGAGGCGAAGACACGCGCAAGAAUUUCAUUGACCACCUCUAUUUUGCUUUAAGAGAUACCGGAAUCAAUACCUUUAGAGAUGACAACGAGCUCCGAAGAGGAGAAGAUAUUACAUCCGAACUGUUGUCGGCAAUACAAAGGUCCAAAAUCUCUGUCAUCGUCUUCUCUAGUAACUACGCGGCUUCCAGGUGGUGCCUGGAGGAACUUGUGAAGAUCAUGGAGUGCCGAAGAACAGUGAGGCAGCUGGUUUUGCCUAUCUUCUACGAUGUUGAACCCUCGGAUGUGCGCAACCAAACGGGUAGUUUUGCGAAAGCAUUUUCUGAACAUGAAAAGCGUUACUUGUUGGACAUAGAUAAGGUGCUCAGGUGGAGAAGAGCUCUGAUUGAGGCUGCUAAUUUGUCAGGGUGGGAUCUAAGAAACACUGCAAACAGGCAUGAAGCCAAGUUUAUUAGGAAAAUUGUUAAAGAGGUUUCAAGAGAACUCAACAGCACAUACUUAUAUGUCACACUCUACCCAGUUGGAAUAGAUUCUCGUGUGCAAGACAUCACUUCAUUGCUAAGGGUUGGAACCAAUGAUGUUCGCAUUGUAGGAAUUUGGGGAAUGGGAGGAAUGGGGAAAACAACCAUUUCUAAAGCCAUAUAUAACCAAUUUUUUCAUAAUUUUGAAGGUAAAAGUUUUCUUGCAAAUAUUAGGGAAACUUCUAAGCAACCCGAUGGUCAAGUUCGAUUGCAAGUGCAACUCCUUUCUGAUAUCUUAAAGACAGGCAAGAUAGAGGUAAAUAAUGUUGAUAGAGGAAUUAUUAUGAUACAAGAAAGACUUCGCAAUAGAAGGGUACUUGUUAUACUUGACGAUGUAGACCAGUUGGAGCAACUCAAUGCCAUAGCAAGAAGUCGUGAUUGGUUCGGCCCAGGAAGUAGAAUUAUUAUAACAACUAGAAAUGAGGAAUUGCUAAAGGCACUUGAAGUGGAUGGAGUAUAUACAACCAAAGAAAUGAGUGAAAAUGAAUCUAUGGAGCUCUUUAGUUGGCAUGCCUUUAGGAAUAGUUAUCCCACCGAAGAUUUUAUGGACUUGUCAAGAAGUGUCAUUGCUUAUUCCAAAGGACUACCGCUGGCUCUUGAAGUUUUGGGUUCUUUUCUAUUCACUAGGAGCAUGCGGGAAUGGAAAAGUACAUUGGAAAAAUUAAAAAGGAUCCCUCAUGAUCAAAUUCAAAAAAAGCUUAGAAUAAGCUUUGAUGCACUAAGAGAUAAUACCGAAAAGGAUAUAUUCCUUGAUAUAUCAUGUUUCUUUAUCGGAAUGGACAAAAACUAUGUUAUACAAAUAUUAGAUGCAUGUGGUUUUUUUGCAGAGAUUGGAAUUAGUGUCCUCAUCCAGCGGUGUCUUCUUUCAAUUGGUGAGAGAAACAAGCUCAUCAUGCAUGAUUUGCUUCGAGACAUGGGAAGAGAAAUUGUUCGUGACGAAUAUCCCAAAAUGCCGGGAAAGUGUAGUAGAUUAUGGCUGCAUGAGGAUGCACUUGAUAUAUUGGCAAAACAUGAGGGAACAGAAGCAGUUGAGGGACUUACUUUAAAAUUUUCAAGAUUAAGGGAGGUAAAUUUCAGUACAAGAGCAUUUAUAAGGAUGAGGAGAUUGAGAUUACUUCAACUUGAUCAUGUACAACUCACUGGAGACUAUGAACAUCUUUCCAAAGAGUUAAGGUGGCUCCGUUGGCACGGAUUCCCUCAGAAGUUUAUGCCAAACAACUUUUGUUUAAGAAACCUCGUUGCGAUUGACUUGCGAUAUAGCAAUCUUAGACAAGUUUGGAAAAAUUCCGAGCAACUGUUCGAGAAGUUGAAAUUCCUAAAUCUCAGCCAUUCUCAUUACCUGACUCAGACACCUAACUUUGCAAGGCUCCCUAAUCUCGAGAAAUUAAUACUCAAAGAUUGUACGAGUUUGUUUGAGGUUCACCAAUCCAUUGGAGAUCUUAAUAAUCUCGUUUUGGUAAAUUUAAAAGAUUGCAGAAGUCUUAAAAGUAUGCCGAGGAGUUUCUAUAGGUUGAAGUCUCUACAAACUUUCAUUCUUUCUGGUUGUUCUAAAUUUGACAAUUUGCCCGAUGAGAUGGGGGAGAUGGGCGAAUCCUUGACAACUUUUCUUGCAGAUAACACUGCUAUAAGACAAGUGCCAUGGACCAUAGUACAACUAAAGAACCUCAAACACUUGUCUUUGUGUGGGUGUAAAGGAUCAUUAUCUAAGUCACUCCCUUCACUAUUUUGGUCUUGGAUAUCCCCAUGGAAAAGUCCUAAGUCACUCAAUCUGCUACCUGCUUCACUAAAUGGCUUGAACGCACUAACUAAGUUAUGUCUCGGUGAUUGCAAUUUACCAGGUGAUGCAAUUCCUUAUGAUCUUGGGAGUUUACGUUCCCUCCAAUAUUUAGAUCUAGAAAACAAUCAUUUUCAUUGCCUACCAUCGAGCCUUGGUGGUCUUUUGAAGCUCGAAAAUCUCUUGUUGAAUGGUUGCACAAAGCUUCGAUCAAUUUCAGAUUUACCACCAAAUUUGGAUUUUCUGAAUGCGACAAACUGCACGGCGUUAGAAAGAAUGCCAAAUAUGUCAAAUAUGUCAAAUAUGAAAUUUCUGUCUCUUUCUAAUUGCAAGAAAUUGGAGGAGAUUCCAGGCUUGAAUAAGUUGUUGGUGCCCUUUAUAGACAUCCAGAUGUUAGGGUGCAGCAAUUUAACAAAUAAUUUUAAACAAAGCAUCCUACAGGAAUGGCCUCUGAGUACAUUUGGUGUUCAUUUGGGCAUUUGGCUUCCUGGCAAUGAUAUUCCUAAUUGGUUUACAUAUUCGGAUGAGGGACCAACCGUAUGUUUUGAAGUGCCUCACAUUAUUGAUAGUAAUAUCGAAGGGUUCACUGUAUGCAUUGCUUUUUCAGUACCUCCUGACAAGAAAGCAGUUAUUGGUUUUCCAAACAAUAGUAUUAAAGUAGUAAAUAAUACAAAAAAUACGACUGAGAUUGUUUUUACACCAAUAAACAUUUAUCGAACAUUAAUCGCCUGUGAUGAAGGAGAUCACCUUUGGCAAACCAAUUUUACUAACCGUAAGUUCAACUUGGAGGCCGGUGACAAAGUAGUGGUUACUGCAUCUGUUGGGUAUGGAGUCAUUGUUAAGAAGAUAGGGGUUCGCCUAAUACACUGCAGGGUUAUUGAUGAAAAAAUGAUUUAUUAUGCCUCUACAUUCAUUAAGGAUGCCAUUGUUGUCACUGAAGAUGAAGAUCAGGUUGCGGUCAAGUCUAAAAGAGGCCUUGGUGAUGAUAUAGCAGAAUCGAGCCAUGGUUGCUUUGAUCAUGAACGAGAGGCUAAAAGAUUGAGGUGUGAUGAUUAUUCUGAAAGGAUUAUAGAAGAAGAUUGAAGAAAUUGAGAAAGCUCAUAUCACAAUAACCGGCAACGAUGAUAUCAUCACCCUCAAGGCCGACGAUGGCAGCGACACCGUCACCUUCAUGUUCGAGAGCCCCAUCCACACCCACAUGGAAUUCUGUUAAGGAUAAUCUCCAAGCAUCAGACUCCAACUGUAACUCAUCCACAUCAAAAGUCACUUCUACUAUAAUGACUUGCAUUACUCAUCCAACAGACUUGAGUUACUCAAAAGUCAGCAAGUCCAAAAGUCAUGCAUCAAUGCAAGAGAUAAAUGAGGCACGUUACUCAAGUCCAAAAGUCAAGGAUUAAUGACAAGCAUUUUUCAGAUGUAUUAAUGUAAUAUAUUUUUAUAGAUAAGAUUCAUUUGUAAGCAAACUCUCUUAUAUAUAUAGACAGCCUUUACUCAAUUGAGAAAGGCAACACAACCCAA